UAAACUCUUCAAGCAAUAACACGUACACAAACACAACAAGUUAACAACGCCAAUAAAUUGCUUCCUCGUCGAUAGUUUGUAUGAGAAUUUGUAUUCGCACAAUGUUUUCCAGAUACAGAGGUAGCAGAUUUCUCCUAGGAUGGACAAUUUUAACAGUAGCUGGCAUUUUUUACUGUCUUCCCCAAGUAUUCACUCAUGAAAAAGUGUCUAGGAAAUUGCUGAUCGUUUCUUUCGAUGGAUUUCGAUGGGAUUAUUUAAAUCGGACCAACACGCCUGUCUUCGAUGAUAUGAUAAGUCGUGGAGUUCAUGCGACUCGAGGUCUGAAAAACAUCUUUACAACAUCAACACUGACAAACCACUUUUCAAUAGUCACUGGACUGUAUGCAGAGAGUCACAGCAUCAUUGAUAAUAAAAUGUACGACCCUGUUAUUAAUGCUACAUAUGUGCCUUUGUAUGUAAAUAAAAGUUCCAUUAACGACCCCAGAUUUUACGAUACAGGAGUGGAACCAAUAUGGGUAACAAACCAGCUUCAGAAUGAAAAUGGACGCAGUGGCAGCAUUAUGUGGUGGGGUGCGGAAAAUGUCAUUAAAGGAACUCGCCCAACUUACCAUAUGCCUUUCGACCUACAUGUGGAUUAUAAAGCUAGAAUUAAUACUAUGGUCCAAUGGUUAAGCUCAGGCCCCUAUCCUAUCAACCUGGGACUCAUGUAUUUUUCGGAACCCGACCACACAGCUCAUGCAACUGGUCCUGAUUCGGAAAACGUCACAAGACUAAUUGAAUAUGCUGAUCACCUAACUGGGUAUCUUUUAGAGCAACUUAAAAAAGUAAAUCUACUCGACAACAUGAACAUUAUUAUCACAAGUGACCAUGGUUUUGCUUCUGUUUCAAAGACUCGUUUAAUUAACCUGGAUGACUUUGUUGACCCCAGUUUAUACACGAUUGUUAAUUAUUCACCAGUUGCUACUAUUAUACCUAACGAAGGCCAAGAAGACUUUGUGUAUGAGAAACUAAAAUCUCAUUCUGAAAAUAAUCAUUUCAAAGUCUACAAAAAGGCAGACAUACCUGAGAGACUGCACUACAAGUACAACAUCAGAGUUACACCUAUAAUUGCCAUAGCAGAUCUCACAUAUUCAUUUAUUUCUAGAUUCCCUGUAGAAAACUUCACAUUGGCUGGCAACCAUGGAUAUGAUAAUGAAUACCAGGAGAUGCGGCCAUUCUUCAUUGCCAUGGGACCAGAUUUUAAAAGCAAUUUCAAGGUUGAGACCUUCUCUCUAGUGGACAUCUAUCCUUUGAUGUGUCAGUUGCUUGGCCUUGAACCUGCUCCCAAUAACGGCAGCAGGCAGACAAUGUCGUUACUGCUGCGUGAAGACCAUGAUGAAGGGGUCUGGACAUUUGAGACUUAUGUUCUGUGUUUUGCUGUUGUGGGCAGCACAGGGUUUAUAUUUUCAAUAACAGCUUGCCGCUAUAUGAUCUGUUCAAAGAAAAGUGCCAGACAGACUCAGUCUCACCAGUACCACGGCUCCAGCAAACAGGUGGUGAAGGGGGAGGUACAGGUCCCACUCAUGAACGGCACCGAUGAGGAUGAUUUUUAGACUCUUUACUUGUCUGCAUUCCCAUGUCCAUCUCACUGUUAAUAACUGUUUAACUACUGGCGGUGCACAACCUUAAUA